GAAGCACAAUGCAAUUAAAGCUGCAACCUUUUAGUUGGGGAAUGGUGAUCUACUCCCGUCAUCAACCUCUUUACUCCUCUUCCAUGUGCGCAAAGCCUAUCAAUGACUCCCACUGUAUAAAACUCCAAUAGAUUAUGAUCUUUCCCCGCUAACUGCAUCAAGCUCUUCUCCGCCUCUGCUCCGCCGGCUUCUACCAUCUCCGAUGGGCAGCUUCCUCGCCGGCGUCCGCCGUCUGUACCUGUCCGCCUACAACUGGGCAGUCUUUGUCGGAUGGUUCCAGGUUUUCUACUUAGCUUUAAAGACGCUCAAGGAAUCCGGGCACGAGCGGGUGUAUUAUGCCGUUGAGAGGCCUCUUCUACUCGCGCAGAGCGCCGCUGUUUUGGAGAUAUUGCAUGGUCUUCUAGGCCUAGUGAGAUCUCCAGUUUCGGCCACCCUACCACAGAUUGCUUCAAGGUUGUAUGUUACUUGGGGCAUCUUGUGGAGUUUUCCAGAGACCAGGACACAUUUUCUUGUUAGCUCUCUGGUUAUUAGCUGGUCCAUAACAGAGAUAAUUAGGUACUCUUUCUUUGGUAUGAAGGAAGCUAUUGGUGCUUCAUCUUCUUGGCACUUAUGGCUAAGGUACAGCACUUUUUUGAUAUUGUAUCCCACAGGGAUAAGUAGUGAGGUGGGCCUAAUUUAUAUAGCCUUGCCAUACAUAAAGGCAUCUGAGAAGUACUGCAUAAGAAUGCCCAAUAAGUGGAACUUCUCUUUUGACUACUUCUAUGCAGCUAUUCUGGUUCUUGGCAUUUAUGUUCCAGGCAGCCCCCAUCUGUAUACUUACAUGCUCGGCCAGCGCAAGAAGGCUCUUUCCAAGGCGAAGAAGGCAUAAUAUUCAGCUCCGACUGAAUACAAAUUGGUCCUUUUGAUCCAUGUAGCUCGAAUGUUCUCUCUUUCUUGGUUGUCUAUGUUAAGCUUUGUCGCUGUAAGGCUGUUUUUUCAGGUGGAUUUAUAGAUUUCUGCAUGUUGAUAUGCUGCUUGUGGUAUUCAGGUUGAUCACCGUUUGGGCAAACUAGCUGAGGAACUAUGUUGGAAUUGAAUAAGUAUGAAUGGAACCGGUCGCCCUAACCUCGGUUGGGAGCUUAGUUUGAUAUGGAGGUCUGACUUUUCCGGCGGGUAAUUUGGCCGGAAAUAACAGGAAUUCUUGUAGUGAAAAUAGCUUUCUAAUAUAAUUUUUUUUUGAAAUCUAUGAAAUUGUAACGGCGAAAAGGUGUAUAAAAUGAAGUCUUAGAAAUACAUACUUGAAUUGGUGAGACAUAUUUUGAAAAUAAAAUUGAGAAUCUAAA